AUGUCGUUGACAAAUUGUCGGUUCUACGAGGAGAAGUACCCGGAGGUGGACAGCUAUGUCAUGGUCAACGUGAAGCAGAUCGCCGAGAUGGGCGCAUACGUCAAGCUGCUCGAGUACGACAACAUCGACGGGAUGAUCCUGCUCUCCGAACUUUCGCGAAGACGUAUCCGCAGUAUCCAGAAGCUGAUCCGCAUUGGGCGCAACGAGGUGGUGAUUGUUCUGCGUGUCGACAAGGAGAAGGGUUACAUCGAUCUGUCGAAGCGUCGUGUCUCGCCCGAGGACGUGGUCAAGUGUGAAGAGCGGUACAACAAGAGCAAGGCGGUGCACUCCAUUAUGCGCCACGUCGCCGAGGCCUCCCAGGUGCCCCUUGAGACCCUAUACCAGCAGAUCAGCUGGCCAUUGAACCGGAAAUACGGUCACUCGCACGACGCCUUCAAGCGGUCCAUCACGAACCCGGAAGUGUGGAAGGAUAUCGAGUUCCCCAGCGAAGCCGUGAAGAAGGAGCUGCAGCAGUACAUCAGCAAAAAGCUCACCCCGCACCCCACCAAGGUCCGUGCCGAUAUUGAAGUGACCUGUUUCGGCUACGAGGGCAUCGACGCCGUGAAGGAGGCCCUGCGCACCGCCGAAGUGGAAAACACCGCCGAAAACCAGAUCAUGGUUCGGCUGGUGGCCCCACCGCUGUACGUUCUGACCAGCCAGUGCCUGGACAAGAACCAGGGUAUUCAAAUGCUGGAGGCUGCGAUCGAGCGGAUCGCGGCCAACAUCAAGGGCGCCAACGGCAACUGCUCUGUCAAGAUGGCGCCCAAGGCCGUUACCGAGCACGACGAAGCCGUUCUCCAGGAGCUCAUGGAGAAGCGCGAGCGCGAGAACAUGGAGGUCAGCGGCGACGAGAGUCAGUCGGAGAGCGACGAGGGUGUUCCCGAGUAA